AUGUACACUAACUUUUAUACAUCUACGCAGAUCCACCAGAACCCCAGUCUGGGUGGCCGGCUUGAAGAGAACCAGAGGGAACCCACUCGGUCGCUGCUUCUUGCAAAGUUGCCCUCUGAAAUUAUCCACGUCAUAAUCUCUCACCUCUCGGCCCCAGAUCUUGCAUGCGUCGGGGCUACUUGUCGAGCUCUUGCCGAGCAUGCUUCAAAUGAUCUACUUUGGGCCAACCUCAUAAACGCAAGAUUGCCUCAUCGCAUUAAAACCCCUGGCAUUUUCAAAACUUUCCGGCGUUUAUUUCUGGCAUAUUAUCCCUGCUGGUUUCUUCCCGAGCACAAAAUCUGGUUUGCCGAUAAUGAACCCACCGGAAGCUUGAUCCUCACUCGGUACGAUAACCGGCGAGGGGUGAUCGAAGGCUACGAGAUCGUCGCAGAGCGUGGAAGCUCGCAAUUUCAUUUUUGGAAGGCUGAGCCUACUGUGUUAGUCCAGGCCUUUGACCCAAAGGUGCGCUUGUCGCUCGACGAGCCAGCCUUGUUCCUCAAAGACCCUGACCCAUCCAGCAAAUCUGCCCCAAUACAACACCUAUCUCGGACAAAUGACUGGAAACUUCCUCUAGCCCAUGAGGCAAACCGAAUCUACAAACCACUCUUGCUUUGCAGUGCCAUCAGUGAUCAACAGGAGUCUAUUACAGAUCCCGGACAGUACUGGCCCCCUCCGACCGUCCCAAGUAAGACCCAUACACUCCGAUCUGGGGAAGACAGCCAGCAACAGCUCGUUGGAAAGUUGUCGGAUAUGUCAGAGGAAUUUUUUCGUCUUGACAGAUUGCAAAACUAUCGAACUCUGUUCGCGGACGGUAACGGCAAAUAUAUUCAAACUUAUUCAGCACUCGACCCAGAAAGUUAUACGCCCACCAAAGAAAAACCUUACCAAGGAUUAUGGGUUGGAGAUUACUCAACCCACGGGUGUGAGUUCAUACUGGUCCUGCAAAACCGUGAACAGGAUGAUAUACAGAGAGAAGGAUGGAAUAUCGAAACCAACAAUCAUGAUGGUACUAUCGAAUCGGAUAUCAGAGAGACAAUUGGACAACAAGGUCAAUUACAAGGUAUCAAAUUGACCGGCGACAUGAAUGUUCCACGCGGUCAAUACUCGUGGGUUUCUGAAGAUAUUGGACCCGCAGGGUUGGUCGGUGUUGCAGUGGACGAGCCUUUCACAGGAGCGCGUAUGGUCCGUUGUAAAGGCCAUGUAGCUGGAAUUGGGUUUCAAGAUGACAUAUUCAUUGAUUCGCAAUUAAUCCUCAUUUCCACUGACCUGAUGGCACAUUACUGGAAGGAAAUGGGUCACAUAUCUUACUUUCGACGUGUGGAUAUUGACGCUCUACUGCAGACUUGA